GGCGAGGGUUCGAUUCCCCGGACAUGAGCCUCUCUCAGAUGGUGUGUUGACUACUGUGGUGGCACAGGGUUUUCUCCGGGUUAUCCGGUUCUCCCGCAUACAGUUUAACAUCUAAUAACUAAUUCAAUAACAUCAACAAAAAAAAAAUCAAUAAAACAAUUCAAAUUAAAUAAAAUGUGUUCAUCUUACUUAUAAUUUCCUGUAAGAACCCACAAAUAACACUAUUUGGUUCAACCACACACAGUGUAACAACUAAUAAGUGAUUCAAUAAAAUAAAAAAUGUAAAAUUCAUUCAAUAAUACAAUCUGCUUAUAUAUCAUUUUCUGUAAGAGCUUUAAUUAUUCAACUCAGACUAAAUUUCUGCUGAUUCAGAGAACUUCGUAUGUAUAUCAGAGUUUCAUGAACCAGUUUCAACAUACUGUUUCUUCACUGUUGUUCUUCUUAGUCCAAUAGAAAUGUAUUCUGACGAUGCUGGCUGUGUUGGGAAAUAAUAAUUCCUCUUGUGGAGUCACUACGACUGCUAUGUUCAUUUCAACUCCCUUCAGGAUUUUUAGUAAGCGGUCUCUUUCCUUUUAAAGCUGAAUCAUCAUCUUCAACAUCUGCAUCAUCUCCACCACGAAAAUGCUGACUGUGUCUCUACUCGUUUGUGCCAUGAUGACUCUGGCUGCAGCUGAUGACGAUUCCACCGUUAUCCCAUCAGUCGAUGUCCGUUCUUGUCCCGAUGGAUGGAACGAGAACAAUGGUCGCUGUUUCAAAUUUGAGCCAAGACUUCUGACUUGGGCUGAGGCUGAGAAAAACUGCCAGAGCAUGAAAGGAAACCUUGCAUCUGUGCACAGUGCCGAAGAGGAUCAGUUCCUUCAGGCGAUGAUAAAAUCACAGACUUCAAAUAAUCCCGACACCUGGAUUGGAGGCUCUGACUGCCAACAGGACAAUAUUUGGCUCUGGAGUGAUGGCAGUGUUUUCUCCUUUUCGUUCUGGUGUCUUGGGAAACCUCAAGGUUACAAACAGAAUUGUAUCGUGAUGAAUCAUGGAGCGGGAACCUGCUGGGACAAUCAACAGUGUACCUCCAUUAGCCCAUCUGUCUGUGCCAUCAACAUGUGAGACAUGUUGUACCAACCAAACACACAAACACCUGCUGGUGUGUGACAGUGUGAAUGUAUUAUGCGUUAUCACAUCUUUAACUCUCCCUUUAUCUGUAACACUGCUGAAAACUAAUCUUU